GAUUAUGUCACAGCGCUCAAUACCAUUUCUGAAGAGAUCUGUCAUAUUCGUCCAACUCUACAUUCACGGUUAGUGGCCAGAAGAUAAAGCUGGGAUUGUCAUUUUUCGAUGGUGUUAACGAAUCGUAAUUGCAACUGACAGGACUGCAGUCAGCGUGGACAGUUUUUACAUAGGACAUAUUGGCUUUAUGCCUUAGAAUGAAGUCAUUGGAAAGAGUGUAAUCAAACGAGUUGAGAAGGUUGUUUGGAUUGACCGUUUAUGGUUCCUGCAAAGGUUUCCAUAUUUGCAGAGUAGAUCUGUGUUCUUUAUUUCGCUAUUAGCCAUAAAGAAAAGGGUCAGAAUUUCACGCAAAUAUUGACCUGUGGAUGAACUUGGAACAAACAACAAGGCUAACCUCUACACUGUGGAAGUCAUCUAAACUUAUUCAGACUCGCCAAUCUCCUACUCUUCUUUCGACUUUUUUAUUUUUAUUUAACCUUCGGAUGUGGUAUGAAUCACUUGCACCAUUUCCUUUAGCACGGACGAUGAACCGGUGAGCGGCUCGCGCAAUGACAGCUUUGAUGACCAUUACAAGAGGGUGGGUUGGUCCAAAGUUGGCGAAAAUGGCAAGUACCAAGAAAACUGCAACGAUCUUGACAUAUACGAUGGUGUGGAAGAAGAGGAAGCACCCAACAUCGACCUAGCUACGUUUUUCGGCGGUUGCUCACUCCAUGGCGCCAACCACUUCUUUGUGGAAGACAAGAAGUUUGGGGUGCGCCAGGGCUUGUGGGUAGUGGUCUUUCUGCUUGUGGUCUCCAUGUUCCUCUUCAUUUAUUACCUGCAGUUUGACCAUGUCACCAUGCUGGAUGAGUGAGGCGCCAACAGCAUGACCUUUCCCGUCAUCACGCUCUGCAACUAUAACAUGUUCAGACGUUCGCAACUACAGCUACAGUGAUCUACAGGACCUCUGUUGGUUUACGAGGACAACAUGGCCCCAGGGAUCCCUCUGGCACCAGAGCCAGACAGGCAAGGCUUUCGAUUCAGCCUCGCCGAGUUCUUUAACCGCACACGUCACCGUAUGGAAGACGUGCUGCUCAAGUGCAACUUUACAGGGAAGGAGUGCGGACCAGAACAUUGGAGAGAGAUUUUCACCCGCUAUGGAAAAUGCUACACUUUCAACUCGGGUCAGGACGGACGGCCACUGAUGAUCACGAUGAAGGGAGGGAUGGGCAACGGCUUGGAAUUAAUGCUGGAUAUCCAACAGGAUGAGUACCUGCCUGUGUGGGGAGAGACUGAUGAGACGUCAUUCGAGGCGGGAAUCAAAGUUCAGAUCCACACACAAGACGAGCCGCCGUUCAUCGAUCAGCUGGGAUUUGGAGUGGCUCCAGGUUUCCAGACCUUUGUGUCCUGUCAGGAACAGCGGUUGACGUAUCUUCCUCCGCCAUGGGGCGAUUGUAAGUCUACACCCAUGGACUCUGAUUUCUUCAGCUCAUACAGUAUCACGGCCUGCCGCAUCGACUGCGAGACACGCUAUCUGGUGGAAAACUGCAACUGUCGCAUGGUGCACAUGCCUGGUGACGCUCCGUACUGCACUCCAGAACAGUAUAAGGAAUGUGCAGAUCCAGCUCUAGAUUUUCUGGUGGAGAGAGACAAUGACUACUGCGUGUGCGAGACGCCCUGCAACACGACGCGUUAUGGCAAAGAGCUGUCCUUCGUCAAGAUCCCCAGCAAAGCCUCGGCCAAAUACCUCGCCAAGAAGUUCAACAAGACGGAGCAGUACAUCGCAGAUAACAUUCUAGUCCUGGACAUCUUCUUUGAAGCUCUGAACUACGAAACCAUCGAGCAGAAGAAAGCGUACGAGUUAGCCGGACUUCUCGGUGAUAUUGGCGGGCAGAUGGGACUGUUCAUUGGUGCCAGUAUCUUAACAAUCCUGGAGCUCUUCGACUAUCUAUAUGAGGUGAUCAAGUACAAACUGUGUCGCUGUGCUAAGAAGAAACAUCAGCGGAGCAACAAAAAUGACCGAGGAGCUGUUCUCAGUCUGAACGAUGUGAAUCGUCACGCUCCCUGUGACAACCUUCGUACCCCGUCUAACUACCCAGCUAACAUGCUACCUCACCAUCCCGGCCAGGGCAACUUUGAAGACUUUACCUGCUGAAGAUCGGCCAGCCUGACAGAAAAUGACCAAAGCUGACCACAUUAUAACCCCGAACAUUACAAAACCCCUCCAACAGAUCUUCAACACACAGGAGAAACCACCAGACAAUGGAAGAACAACAUGGUACCUGUCACACAAAGCGUGAAGUAUAUUUUCACAAGCACGUUAUCUGGAAACAUACAAAACUUUUGACGAUUUCCUGAACAUUUCAAGGAAAUACUGCCUCAAAAAUAAAAUUCCUAAAAAGCCUCGCCAGUUUGGAGCGUUCUCGCAAAUGCUCCACGCAAAAUUACGCGCAACGUGACUCGGACAUCGCGCAGCCUCUCGCGGCUGGACCCUGAUGCCUUUUGUGUACAUAGUGACAAAACUGUCUUCAGACGAGUUGCUUAUGUAGUUCUGUAGAUAAAUAGAGUGUGUAUUCACUGUAUGUAGCCUCAUUAGUCUCCUGAAUUCUGAUUGGACCAAUCCAGCCUCUGUGUAUUUCAUGAGAUUGUAAUUUUCCCGGACAAGGUGACUGUUACGUGCGUCUUCGGGAAGUAUGACAUUGCGUUUAGCUGUGUGAUCGUGCCAUGUGCAUUCCAUCUUGUAAAUGCAUGCUGGUCCUUUGCAUGUUUUUAGUUUAAUUUAGACUUCAUCAUUAUUAUCGCCAAGUUUGCCUCAAUUAUGUACAGGUGUUGAACGAUGGCAAAGCCAAGUUUUUGUGUGUGUGUGCGUGCGCAGGUUUUGCUGUCCCUGAAAAUGUCCCAACAAGAAUAGUGAAAAGGCGAAGAAAAAACUUCCAUCCACAAAAAUAGAAAAAUAGGAAAAACAGCUCACAAGAUAUGAAAUAAUGUCUUAAUUUAUAUCUAAAAAUGCCAAAAGAUGUGUUUUAGAGGGUAUAAUCUUUAGUAAUUUUAAUUAGCAUCUUUUAUGAACAAUAGAUGCAAAUGGGAAGUCCCCACAAGGAUACCCCCCCCCCCAAAAGUAUUUGGACAAUUAAUCUGCAUUUAAAUGUGUCUGAUUGUUGUUGCAUUAUAUAACAAAAUAUCAAUGCAAGUGAUGUUUAUUUUCCAAAGAAAGAUAUGCACAUGCACAAUUUUUAAGCAAAACCCUUCACAAAAAGAAGUUUGUUGGCUUCAAAUUAUAAAACAAUAGAUAUCGCUUUUAAAAUUAAGACGAAAAGUAUUUAAGCGACACUUAUUCGUCAGAUGAUACAAUAUCACAGAACUAAGGUGUUGUGUACACCGAACACAUUUUUGCGUCUGUUUUUAUUGUAAAAAUGUGCUAAACUGCUGUUAUUGACCAUUGCAGGGAGUCUUGCAAAUUGUUUUGCGCCAGAUUUUUUCUACUUCAGCUUUUAAAAAUGCGUCUCGAUGGGCCUGGGUAGUUCAGUGGUAAAAUACGCUGGCUACCACCCCUGGAGUUCGCUAGUUCGCUAGUUUGAAUCCCAGGGCGUGCUGAGUGACUCCAGCCAGGUCUCCUAAGCAAACAAAUUGGCCCGGUUGCUAGGGAGGGUAGAGUCACAUGGGGUAACCUCCUGUGGCCGCUAUAAUGUGGUUCGUUGUCGGUGGGGCGUGUGGUGAGUUGAGCGCAGAUGCCGCGGUGGAUGGCGUGAAGCCUCCACACGCGCUAUAUUUCCGUGGCAACGUGCUCAACAAGCCACGUGAUAAUAUGCACGGGUUGAUGGUCUCAGACGCGGAGGCAACUGGGAUUCGUCCUCCGCCACCCGGACUGAGGCGAAUCACUACGCCACCACGAGGACUUAAAAGCGCAUUAGGAAUAGGGCAUUCCAAAUUGGGUGAAAAAGG